AUGCAUGUAUUGAACUUAAGGAGGGAGUUUGAGAUGCUGAAGAUGCAAGAAUCAGAAUCAGUGAAGGAAUAUGUGGAUAGGUUGAUGAAUAUGGUGAAUAAAAUUAGAUUGUUGGGUGAGGAAAUGACAGACAAAAGAAUUUUUGAGAAAGUAUUAGUGGGCCUACCCGAGAGGUUUGAGUCUAAGAUCUCAUCUCUUGAGGACUCUAAGAAUUUGUCACAUAUCACACUCACAGAACUGGUGCAUGCUCUGCAAGCUCAAGAGCAAAGGAGGUUGUUGAGACAAAAGGAUUCAAGUGAGGGUGUAAUGGUGGCAAGCUUUAAAGGCAAAGCUGUUCAGAGAGGAAGCAAGAGGUUUGCUGGAGAUAAGAAAGGGAAGGAGAAAACCAAUAAUCAAUGGAACAAAUCAAGUGGAAUGAAAGAGUAUCCACCGUUCUCUUACUGCAAGAAGAAGGCUCAAGUUUGCAAUGAUGCUUGGCUGAUAGACAGUGGCUGCACCAACCACAUUACAACAAACUUGCAAGAUUUUGUUAACUUGGACAGGGCAUAUCACUCCAAAUUUAAAGUUGGGAAUGAAGAGUUUGUGGAUGUCAAAGGGAAAGGAGAUGUUGUUGUGCAGACUAAGUCAAGUGUUAAACUGAUUCCUAAUGUCCUGUAUGUGCCAGAAAUAAGUCAUAAUUUGCUUAGUGUAGGACAAAUGCUAGAAAAGAAUUACAUCUUGCAUUUCCAGGACCAGUCCUGCACAAUUCUAGACAGUGAAGGUAGUGAACUAAUAAGGGUUAGAUUGAUGGGGAAAAGUUUCCCUAUUAGGCUGAAAAAGCCAAAACCUAAAGCCUAUACUGCUAAAGUAAAUGAGUUUGAGUUAUGGCACAAGAGAUUUAGCCAUUUCCACUACCAUGGUCUUAGAGAAAUUUAG